GGUUCCAAGCAGCAAGCUACGCAAGAAAACAUGGCUUUCACGCCCUUUGAAUCCGGUGUGGGUGGCCUCCUGAUCGGCCUCUCAGCUGCCCUUGCAUACUUGGCAGAUGGGAAAAUCACAGGGAUCAGUGGAAUCGUGGGGCCCUUUUUGCGGGGUGUUGGCAAGUGCGAGCCGAUGAAGGAUGGCCAGCUUUGGAAGGCUCUUUUCCUGGUUGGCUUGGUGGUACUGCUUGGUGGCGUUUGUGUGGGGAUAGGCACCCGUUCUGGCAGAGGUUGCACCUCCGGGCAUGGCAUCUGCGGUCUUCCUCGUCUAGCUCCACGCAGCUGGAUCGCCGUUCCCUGCUUCAUGGGCAUUGCAGCAGCGACUGUGGCCGUGACCCGGCACGCUGCCAAGCUGGAUACUAGCGGUCCAUGGCAGGUGGCAGAGAUCCAGUGGCCUCCUAAGUGGGAAUUUCCAGUGGCAGCUGCCGCCUCAGGAUUCUUUCUAGCUACCUUGGCGGUGUUCCUGCCCUCGAGGCCUUGGAGCUUUGUGUCACCCAUGGUGUGCGGCAUCAUCUUCGGUUCGGGCCUGGGCGUGGCUGGCAUGACCUCGCAGGCAAAAGUCCUGGACUUCUUGGAUUUCGGAGGGACAUGGGAUCCAAGCCUGGCUUUCGUCAUGGGCCUUGGGCUGUGUGUCUCUUUCCCGGCCUUCCUGCUUGCAGAGAGGGAGGGACGGAGGCCUCUCUGCGAGGACUGCAGCUUCGAAAAGCCUUCUAAGACCGGGAACUAUGGGUCCCUUGUCCUUGGCUCCAUCUUCUUUGGUUUGGGCUGGGGCCUGGUCGGCAUCUGCCCUGGACCAGCUUUGGCUGCCACUAUCCCCAACUUGGCUGGCGGGGGUACCGGCCUCUCCUUCAGCCUUUGUGUACUGCUGAUCCUUGUGUUCUGGCUAGUGACAGACCGUGCCAUCAACUGCAUAAACGCUCGGAUGGCGUCCCCAAUUGCGAACGAACUCGCAGACGACAAGGCCUAG